UAUUUCUCUAAUAAGAGAUCUAGAAUUAAAUUAAUAUAUUUUCCGCUGAUUAAUAUUUUCCGCUAAAGAUGGAGGCAUCAACAAUGGACUGGAGACGCGAAAUGCACACGAUGCUUUCGGAAUUUGAACGUCAGGCAACGAUUUCUUUGGGGAAGAUUGACAUGGCUUUCAAAUCCAGUGGCUUAUCACUCAACGAUGAAUUCAAGCAAUAUUUCAUGCGAGCUUCAAAUUACCGCAUCGAGGAAACAUAUGAUCAAUUCAAAAUAAAUUCCAUGUUGACGGGCAAAGUCCAAUUUGGUGCACAUGGGGACAUGUUAUCAACCGAUAGCCCAGUCGAAUUCAUUGACUCAAGCGAUGAAGAAGAUCAGACAGAAUAUCCGGUUAAAUUGGAAUCACCAGAAACAGUAUUCGGCAUUCUAAGCGAUGGAAAUCACAUACCACCCGAAUUGAACGAUGAUUUUGAGACUGAAUAUGAUCGAAACUACGCCAAUACCAUGCCAUACAUGAUCUCGAAAGAUAUUAACUGGCGGAAGAAUAGACAGAAUUGCAUCGAGAAGGAAACUGACAACGUAAUGAAAGCAGAAGAAAUAGAAGUAUACGGUGAAAUUCCAUCAACUGCCUUCAAUGGACGUCGCGAUAUGGACUUGAUCAACGAACGCACAUUUUCUGUUCCUUUGAGCAAUCGAUCAAACAACGAUAAUGAUUUCAAAAGCAAUAACAUGACAGGAAAAUCUGGAAGAGAACAGACUGAGUUGAGCUCGACUGCACAAGUAUUUGGGAAUAAAAACUCAACUUCUUCAAACUCAAUGGGGACAAAGAAUCGAUACAAGUGUCAACUUUGUGAAUACUCCAGCAAUCAAAUGGGGCACGUUAAUCGUCACAUGCGUACUCACACCGGCGAGAAGCCACAUGGAUGUGAUAUAUGCGGCAAAGAGUUCACAACUAUGCAGAACCUUAAGAGACAUAAAAAGACUCAUACCGAUCAAGUUCCAUUUCAUUGCCGAGGCUGUUUCAAUGGAUUUUUCCAGAAGACCAAAAAAGAUGCCCAUGAAAAAGUGUGCAAAAUACGUCGAUAUGAAUGCCAUAUCUUUAAAAUUCCGAAAAUGUUGACCUGGAAUGAUGAGAUGGACAAUAUGCUUGGUACGUUUAAUUCCCAAGUAAAAUUUACUUUGAAAAAUAUCAAAAUGACAUUUGGCCGCAAUGGUCUCGCGAUCAACAAUGAUUUCAAGCAAUAUUUUCUGCGCGUUUCGUAUGAUCGGAUAAAGACUUCGUACGAUGAAUUCGAAAUCAGUUCGAUAUUCGAGGAUGCGAGCACGUCAGCAACCGACGAAUAUCCGAAUUUGUUUCAUACUCCAAGGUAUGACAUAAACGAUAUCCAACAAACAACCAAUGACCCAUUUGAAAUCAUUGACUCGAGCGACGAAGAGGAUCAAGCAUCGAAAAUGGAACGUACCAUUCGAUACGAUGGCCAUGGCAUAUCACAUCAAUCAAACGAUUAUGUUGAAUUUGACAACGAUGGAAGCUACACCGAAAUGUCUGACAUGAAAACAAACAUGUUUGAUUAUCAAGGAGAUGUUUCGAAGAACAGAUAUGUGGAUGUUGGUAUUAGGAAUGUAAUGGAAAACGCAAUGAAAGCGGAGGAAAUAGAAUUGGAUGAUGGCAUUCCGAUAGCUGCCAUCGAUGUACACCGUGCUAUGAACACAACGGGCCAAAACAGAUCAACUCUCAAUUUUAACAAUGAAGCAAACGACGUCGGUGGUACCAAAAGAAACAACAUGACAGGAAGAUCCAUUAGAAGUCAAAGAAAACAUGCUGAAUCUGGGUCGACUCCAAAAUCAUUGCGUAAUAAAAAGUCAACUUCAUCGAACACACUGG